AUGCUUCUACGAAGAACAUUCGUAUUCCUGAGCGAGACUUUUCCGGAAUUUCUUUGCCCUUUGGAAUUCCCAGUUGGUUCAUUGCAGAAAUGUGAAGGACUCUCAAAAAGGAUUAAACCGCUUACCUCUCUGAUCACCACCUCUUCAAUUCCCUACAAUAACGCUAACUACCACUCCAUCCGCCCUCUAAACCAUCUAUUGAUUUCUUGUUCCUCUCUGUGGCAUCUUAAAUGCAUACAUGCUCUGAUUUUCACGAGGGGCACUCGCUGCAGUCUGCUGCUGUCUACAAAAUUAGUUGCCUUGGCUUGCGAGCUAUCUCCUACCAUGGACUAUGCUCAAACCCUAUUUGAUAGAGUGCAUCAAAAGGAUGUUUUUAUUUGGAAUACGUUGAUCAGGGGUUAUGCCAAUAUGGGUCCUUGCCAAAAGGCUAUCAUUCUUUACGGAAGCAUGCACCAUAGUGGGUUGCUGCCAGACAACUAUACUUUCCCUUUUGUGAUUAGGUCAUGUGCAGUUAUAUCUGCUGUAAAGGAAGGGGGUGAAGUUCACUGCAAUAUUGUUAAAAGUGGGUUUGAUGUAGAUGUGUUUGUACAGAGUUCUUUAGUUUCCAUGUAUUCCCAGGCUGGGGAUAUAAUCAAUAUGGAGAAAGUGUUUAGUCUAAUGGGUGCUAGAAACAUUGUUUCUUGGACAGCAAUGGUUGCUGGUUAUGUGCAAAAUGGGCUUUAUGAGCAAGGUAUAGGGGUUUUUAAGAAGAUGAUUUGUUCAAAAGCACAGCCAAAUGCAGUCACUUUGGCAAGCAUCCUUCCUGCAUGUGCUGGCUUGGAAUUUUUGAACCUUGGAGAAGUGAUCCAUGCGUAUGGAAUCAAAGUUGGGGUGGACUCUGAUACUUCAUUGACAAACUCUUUGAUUGCUUUGUAUGGGAAAUGUGGACAUCUUGAUACAUCCAGAGCAUUGUUCGAUGGAAUGUUUGUGAAAAAUCUGGUUUCAUGGAAUGCAAUGAUUGCAGCUUACGAGCAGAAUAAUAUAGGAAGACUUGCAAUAAAGCUGUUUCGAAGAAUGCUGUGUGAGAGGGUCGAAUAUGAUCAUAUAACUCUGGUUAGUGUUAUUUCCGCCUGCUCUAGUUUGGGAGCAUUGGGAACUGGGAAAUGGUUACAUCAGCUAGUCAAGAAGCAAGAGUUGGAGACCAAUGUUUCUGUCUCGAAUGCCCUCAUUGACAUGUAUGCAAAAUGUGGGAGCAUAGAACUGGCAGAGGAUGUUUUUGAAAAGUUGCCAGGAAAAACAGUUGUGUCUUGGACUUCAAUUAUUUCGGCUUUGGCAUACCACGGACGUGCAACUGAUGCUCUCAAAUUCUUCUCAACGAUGAAAGAAGAGGGUGUUAGACCAAAUAGCUUGACAUUCACAGCUGUCUUGAGCGCUUGCAGACAUGCUGGUUUAGUAGAUGAAGGACGGAAGCACUUCGAGAGCAUGAUUAAUGACUAUUCCAUCGUUCCUCGUAUUGAGCAAUUUGCUAGCAUGGUUGAUCUCCAUGGAAGAGCAGGCCGUUUGACCGAGGCUUACAGGUUCAUUGAGAUGAUGCCAGUGCAGGCAGAUGCAAGUGUUUGGGGAGCAUUACUUGGUUCUUGUAGAACUUACGACAAUUUUGAACUAGCUGAGCUCAUUGCAGAGAAGUUGUUUAGGUUGGAUCCUCAGGAUGUAACUUCGUAUGUCAUGAUGUCUCAUGUUUAUGCAAAUGCUGGGCGGUCGGAAGAUGUUUCAAAGUUGAGAAACCUGAUGAGGGAAAGGGAAUUGAAAAAGCUGCCUGGUCACAGUGUUGUCGAGGCAAAUUGUCGACUUCAUAGGUUUCUUGUGGAUUCAAAACCUCGACAUUCUUGGCCUACAGUGUGA